AUGCGUGCAAUCCUGCCCAAGUCUGCAUUGCGACGAGCGACGCUUAGCGUGCGCACUUGCUCGAGCAUUCGAUGCAUGCAUAAGACGGCUACUGCACGCUCACCGAGUCCUGUAGCCACCGAUCUUGCACAUGAUAGGGAUACCAUCACGCGGCUCUUGUAUUCGCUCUCUUCACGUACGGAGGUCGAGCGCUAUCUGCGCAUCUUUAGCACUGCAAACAAGUUUGCAGUGCUCAAAGUUGGCGGCGCGAUCCUGACGAACCAGCUGGACGAGCUUGCGUUGAGUCUCACAUUCCUACACCGCGUCGGCCUCUACCCCAUUGUGCUUCACGGUGCGGGUCCGCAGCUGAACGAGAUUCUCGAGCGCGAGGGAAUAGAGCCGGACUAUGUCGACGGGAUCCGCAUCACCGACGCAAAGACACUCCGCGUCGCACGUCGCGUCUUCCUCGAGGAGAACCAGCGCCUUGUAGAGAAGCUCGAGUCGUUGGGAAGCCGCGCGCGCCCCAUUCCUCUUGGUGCAUUUAACGCAUCCUUUCUGGACCGCGAAAAGUACGGCCUUGUGGGCCGCAUCGAGCGCGUGGACAAGGAGCCGAUUGAGAGUGCCAUUCGUGCAGGCUAUCUGCCGAUUCUCACGAGCUUGGCAGUCUCGGACGAUGGCCAAAUCCUCAAUGUGAACGCUGACGUGGCUGCGAGCGAGCUUGCCAAGGUGCUUGAGCCACUCAAGAUUGUCUACCUCAACGAAAAGGGCGGUCUUGUCCACGGCGGCACCGGCGAGCUGAUCGAUGCCAUCAACUUGGACGAGGAGUACGACGACCUGAUGAAGCAGGAGUGGGUCAAGUACGGCACCAAGCUCAAACUGCGCGAGAUGAAGGAGCUGCUUGAUCACCUUCCGCGCACGUCCUCCGUCGCGAUCAUCUCUGUCGAUCAGCUCCAAAAAGAGCUGUUCACCGACAGCGGUGCCGGCACGCUUAUCCGCCGUGGGUACAAACUGUUCAAAAGCAACUCGAUAGAAGAGGUUGGUGCCGAGCGCCUGCGCGCCAUGCUGCGUGAGAAUGACGAAGAGGUGCGCGAGAACCGCAAAACGGUUGCGCAAAUCUUUUCGGAACUCUCGCGCUCCCCUUACACAAUCUACGGUGACGAGGCGCUUGAGUGCGUCGCGUUUGUAUCGCAUCCUCCCGGCGAGGUCCCGAUUCUCUCACGCAUGGUCGCGACGCGCACUGCCGUCAUGAACAAUGUCGUGGACAGUAUCUGGCACAUGAUUCGCAAGGACCACAAGCGCCUAGUGUGGACUUCGCGUGCCGACGACGAGAACCGCGCCUGGCACUUUGAGAAUGCCGACGGGAGCUUUACGCGCAACAGACGCUCCCUGUUUUACUACGGUAUCCAGGAUGUAGGCGAAGUGGAGCGGAUCAUGCGCUCCCUCGAGGACAACAACCGCGUCGAGCGUGCAUAUUUGCCUUUGAAUGCACGCAAACCCUCGAAUGUGCGUUCCUACUCCACCAUGUCUGCUAGCGCUGCGCGUCCCCAGCUUGCUUUGCGUGCGUACGCAAAGCUCGCUUCCACGCGUGGCUACGCAACGAGCACCGGACCAAAGCGCGUCGCACUCAUUGGCGCACGCGGCUUUACCGGCCGUUCCUUGGUCCAGCUGAUCAACGAGCACCCUUACCUCGAGCUUUCCCACGUCAGCUCGCGUGAGCUUGCAGGUUUGCCUUUGAACGACUACACCAAAGGCGACAUUUCCUACACCAACAUGGGCAUCGACGACCUCAAAAAGCUCGAGAGCGGCGAGGAGGGCGAUGCCCCGGAUGCAUACGUCAUGGCACUGCCCAACGGCGUCUGCAAGCCUUUUGUAGAUGCCGUUCGUGAAAGCGGUGCUGCGAAGCCGAACGGCCACGGCGUGAUUGUGGACUUGAGUGCAGACCACCGUUUUGAGAAAGAGUGGGUGUAUGGAUUGCCCGAAUUGUACAAUCGUGAUGCGUUGCGCAGCGCCAAGCUGAUCUCGAACCCCGGUUGCUAUGCCACCAACACGCAGAUGCUUAUUGCCCCGCUGCUUCCUUACAUGGACCCACGUAUCCCUCCGACCGUGUUUGGCAUUUCGGGGUACAGCGGCGCCGGCACCAAGUCUGGUGGGGGCCGCACCGACGGUGGCAGCCCCGUCACCUAUCCCAAACUCGAUCCCGCAUCCCUGAACGGCGGUGUGCGUCCGUAUGCUCUCACCGACCACAUCCACGAGCGCGAAGCGAGGCAUCAUCUCUCGUCGCUGCUUGAUGGCCAAAAAGUGGAAGUAGCCUUCACGCCGGUUGUUGCUCCAUGGUUCCAAGGCAUUAUCUCGACUGCCAGCAUUCCACUGCGCGAGAAGCUAACUGCAAAGCAGGUCAAGGAGCUUUUCCAGACCAAGUACGGCGACGAAAAGCUUGUCGAGUUGCUUUCCCACGUUCCGGAGAUCAGCGACAUUGCCUUCAAGCACGGAUUCAAGGCCGGCGGCUUUCAAGUUCAUUCGGGCGGAGACCGCGUCGUUAUUGUCGGCGUCCUCGACAACCUCUUGAAAGGCGCCGCCACCCAGUGCCUCCAAAAUCUCAACCUCGCACUCGGCUUCGACGAGCACGCAGGCAUCCCAUUGGCAUAG